AGAAACCAUCCCAGAAUCAGGACCAGGAUCAGAACCUGCAGCAGACACCCGACCACCAGACAGUAUGCAGUGUCCACGUUGUCCCGCCUUCUUCAUCCUCGUGGGGUUGGUUCUGUGCAAUCCGGUUUUCUCUCAGCCUGACAGAGAUCAGGACCAGUACCAGAACCAAGACCUGGACCUGGAGCUGCAUCAUCGCCGGCUGCUGCAAAAAGCUCGGAGUGCAGGACUCCUUACACAGGAGUGGAGCAAGCGUGCGGUGGAGGACCUGCUGGCCCAGAUGUCUCUGCCCGAGGCCGACGCCCAGAGGGAUGCUGAGAUGGUCUCCACGGCCACAGGAGGAAGGAUGAACCAGGAGCGGUCCAUCGAACCCCCGAACAACCUGCCCCCCCGCGAGCGCAAAGCUGGGUGCAAGAACUUCUACUGGAAAGGCUUCACUUCCUGUUAAUGCCCCGCGCUUAGCUUUAGGCUCCGCCCAGGUACUUGACUGUCUGACUAAGCCCCGCCCUAGUAAUUAACAGACAGUUUCUCACCUGUUGUUGUUAUUGUUGUUGUUAUUAGCUGAGAUGACACGAAGCGACCAAUCGCAGAGCCCCUGCCCUUCACCUCAGUGACUGGACGGACCAAUCAGCAGCUGUGUGGCUGCACCUGAAUCAUUAUCAAUGUAAUUAUCAAUUAAAGAAAAA